GACAGAGCAUGAGUAGGGGAGGGUCAGAGAGAGAGGGAGACACAGAAUCCGAAGCAGGCUCCAGGCUCUGAGCUGUCAGCACAGUCCCAUGCAGGGCUCCAACUCAGGAACCACAAGAUCAUGACUGGAGCCAAGUCCCACGCUUAAGGACUGAGCCACCCAGGUGCCCCCCUAAGAGUAUAUUUUAAGUUCAUUCUCAUUUAUUAGAGUUUUAAUAAGAACUAUGCAUUUGGGAUAACUUGAAGUGUUUUUAGGUUCUCAUGAACUCAUUGGGUUAUAAACUACACCCUUUAUAUAAUAAUUUAAUUUGGAAUAAUUGAGACAUUUUACUUAGCAUUUUGUUAGGAUAUAAUUACUAAAAUCAAGUUUAAAUACAAGAUUUACAGUUUUCCCUAAAUGUCAGUUUCCCGAAAUGUAAUCUAUGCACUCUUAAUUCAGGAAGAAAAUAAAUCUGAAUAAAUCUACGCAUCAGUCUCUUGAUCUUUGAAAUCUUUUUACUUGUUAUUUAAAACUCAGGAGCCAAACAGAUUUAGAUUAUGAAGGGUGCUUGUAUAUUUAUUCAAUUUUAUGACAUGUUUAUUUAAAACUGCACAUUUUUCCUCUAGUUUUCUAUAAGUGGUCUCCUAUAAGUUUAGAUAUGUUGUGUUUUCACUGCCAUUCAAUAUGAAAACAUUUUAAUUUCCAUUGUCCUUCUUUUUCUUUGGCCAUAGGUUAAGAGUUUUGUUUUUUAAUAAUUUCUAUAUAUUGACAUUUUCUAGAUAUUGUUACCGAGUUCUAAUUUCCUGUAUUAUGGUCAGAGCAUAUGUACUUUGAGAUUGUAAUCUUUUGAAAAGUAAUCAUGCCUGUGGUCUGCUUUGGUGAAUGAUUCACAUACACUUGAAAUGAAUGUGUAUUCUAUAGUUGUUGAGUCUGAACGUCAGAUCAAGUUGGUAAGUUGGUAAGUUGGUUUACAGUGUUCAGAUUUUCUGUAUCCUUACUGAUUUUUUUUUGUCUACUCCUUCGAUCAACUAUGAGGAUCUGCCAUUUUAGACCUGGUAUUAAGUGCAUAUACAUUUACAGUUUUGUGUUGUAAAUGACUAGACUCAUUUAUAAUGAAAUGUUUCCCUAUUUCUUUUUUGGUCUUGAAGUCUCUUGGUCAGAUAUAAUAUAACUGUACCAGUUUUUGUAUGCUUGCUGUUUGCAUAGGAUUUCUUUUCCCCAUUAUUUUAUUUCCUAACCAUCUGUAUCUUUACGUAUAAAAUGUCUCUUGUAGACACUGUAUGAUUGGAUGUUGCUUUUCUAAAUCUGACAGUCUUUACUUAUAAUUAAAAUGUUUAGUCCACUUACAUUUAAUGUAAUUACUGAUAUGGUUGAGUGUUGGUCUACCAGUUGUCUUUUUUCUCCAUUUGAUCUGUCUGGUUUUUAUUCUUCUCUUGAUGUUUUCUUAUCACAUUUUGGGAUAGUGAAUGUUUUGGGGGAUUCCUUUAUUGGUUUUUAAGCUAUAGUUCUUUAUAUAAUAUUUUUACACCUAGCAGUAGCGUCUUUAAAUGAUCAAAGUUUACUUUAACUUAUUGGAAUCUACUUUAAUAUUUGUACCACUUUAUGUCACAAUUUACAUUUAUUUCCUGCCUCUCAUUUAACACCUUUGUAUUUCCCGUUUGUCACCUUAGCACCACUCACUUCCCAUUUCGUAUUCUUUUUUAUCAGUUCAUAAAUGUAAUAACCUCACAACAGAUUAAUUCCUUGUGCCCGCUCCUUUGUGCUAUAUUUAUGUCAUUUACUUCUACUUAUGUUCUGUUUACACUGUUAUUAUUUUUGUAUUUAAUAGUUGCCUUUUAAGGAGGUUAGAAGUAAAAGCAUAGUAUUUCUAUAUUUAUUCAGUAUAUGUUUACCAUUUUUAGAGAUCUUCAUUCCUUUCUGUAGAUCUGAGUUUCUCUGCAAUUGGAAAGGUGUCCUUUAUCAUUUCUUACAUAGAAAUCACUGGAGAAAAAUUUUCCUAGCUUAUUUAUUUAUUUUUAUUGAAGUAUAAUCAGCAUACAAUGUUAUGUUGGUUUCAGGUGUAUAGCAUAUUGAUUUGACAAUUCUAUACAUUACUCAGUGCUCAUAUCAACUAUACUCUGUAUGCUGUAUUUUUCAUCUCAGUCAUUUGUUUUAUAACUGGAACUUUGUAUCUUUUUUUUUUAGUUGAUUUAUUUUGAGAGAGAGAUGGCACAAGCAGGGAAGAGGAGCAGAGGGAAAGAGAGGGAAUGGUAAACAGGCUCCAUGCUCUGUGCAGACCCCAAUGCGGGGCUCAAUCCCACCACCCUGGGGUCAUGACUUGAGCCAAAAUCAACCGACUGAGUCACCCAGGUGCCCCAGAAGUUUGUAGCUCUUAAUCUCUUUUAUCUGUUUUGCUCAUAACCCCUUCUUACUUCCCUUUUGGCAAAGAACAGUUUGUUCUCUGUAUUCAAGAGUCUGGUUUCUGUUGUUUGUGCAUUUGUUUUGUUUUUUCAUAUUCUACAAAUAAGUGAAAUUGUAUGGUAUCUUUCUCUCUCUGUCAGACUUACUUCAUUUAGCGUAGUGCCCUCCAGGCCUAUCAGUGUUGUUGCAAAUGGCAAGAUCUCAUUCUUUUUUAUGGCUGAGUAGUAUUCCAUUGUGUGUGUGUGUGUGUGUGUGUGUGUGUGUGUGUGUGUGUGUAUAUAUAUAUAUACAUACACACCACAUCUUUAUUCAUUCAUCUGUCAAUGGACGCUUGGGUUUGCUUCCAUAUCUUGGCCAUUGUAAAUGCUGCAGUAAACAUAGGGGUGCGUAUAUCUUUUUGAAUUAGUGGUUUUGUUUUCUUUGUGUAAAUACCAAUAAUGGAAUUACUGGAUCAUGUGGUGUUUCUGCUUUUUAAUUUCAACGUAAUGGUUGCACCAAUUUACAUUCCCACCAACAGGGCUCUCCUUUUUUGCCACAUCCUUGCCAACACUUGUUAUUUCUUGUCUUUUUAAUAUUGGCCUUUCUGACUGGUGUGAGGUGAUACCUCAUUGUGUUUUUCAUUUGUAUUUUCUUGGUGGUUAGUGAUAUUGAGCAUCUCUUCAUGUUUCUGUUGGCUUUCUCUGUGUCUUUGGGAAAACGUCUGUUCAGGUCCCAUGACUAUUUUUUUAAUUGGGUUGUGUGUGUGUGUGUGUGUGUGUGUGUGUGUGUGUGUGUUGAGUUGUAGAAGUUAUUUAUACACUUUUAUUAACCCCUUAUUGGUUAUAUAAUUUUUUGUUGAUGGUUUCCUUUACUAUGUAACAGCUUUUUAUUUUGGUGUCAUCCCAAUGGUUUAUUUUUGCUUUUGUUUCCCUUGCCUGAGGAGACAUAUCUAAAAAUAUGUCGCUAAGGGCAAUAUCCUAGAGAUUACUGCAUUUUCCUUAGGAGUUUUAUGGUUUCAGGUCUCACAUUUAGGUCUUUAAUCUAUUUUCAGUUAAUUCUUGUGUAUGGCAUAAGAAAGUGGUCCAGUGUCAUUCUUUUGCAUGUAGCUGUUCUGUUUUCGCAGCACAAUUUAUUGAGAAGAUUGUCUGUUUCCCAUUGUAUAUUCUUGCCUCUUUUGUUGUAGAUUAGAGCCCAUGGAUGCAGGUUUAUUUCUAGACUCUAUCCUGUUCCAUUGGUCUGUGUGUCUGUUAUUGUGCCAGUACCAUGCUGUUUUGAUUCUUCUAGCUUUGUGAUAUAUCUUGAAAUCCUGGGAGAAGAGACCCCUCUAGCUUUGUUCUUCUCAAGAAUGAUUUGACUGUUUGUUGUCUUUUGUGGUUCCAUACACGUUUUAGGAUUAUGUGUUUUAGUUCUGUGGAAAAUGCUGUUGGUACUUUGAUAGGGAUUGCGCUGAAUCUGUACAUUGAGUUGGGUGUCAUGGGCUUUUUAACGAUAUUCUUUCAGCUCAUGAGCAUGAUCUAUCUUUCUAUUUGUUUGUGUCAUCUGCGGUUCUUUCGACAACUUCUUAUAGUUUUCAGAGUACAAGUCUUUCACUUCCUUUGUUAAAUUUAUUCCUAGGUAUCCUUUUUUAAAAAAUUUAAGAAAAUGUUUACUUAUUUUUGAGAGAGAGAGAGAGAGAGAGAGAGAGAGCGUGCGCACACACAUGACUGAGCGUGGGGGAGGAGCAGAGAGAGAGGGGACACAGAAUCCGAAGCAGGCUCUAGGCUUCAAGCCGUCAGCACAGAGCCCAACUCACGAACCGUGAGAUCAUGACCUGGGCCAAAGACGGAAGGACGCUUAACUGACUGAGCCACCCGGGUGCCCCAGUAUUAUAUUCCUUUACGUGAAGUUAUAAAUGGGAUUGUUUCCUUAAUUUCUCUUCCUGCUACUUCAUUAUUAGUGCAUAGGAACAGAACAGAUUUCUGUAUGCUAAUUUUGGAUCCUGUAGCUUUACUGAAUUCAUUUUUCAGUUCUAAUAGUUUUUUCAUGCAGGCUUUAGGGUUUUCUAUAUAUACUAUGUUAUUUGCAAAUAGUGACUUCUUCCUUACCAGUUUGGAUGCCUUUUAUUCCUUUUUCUUGUCUGAUUGCUGUAGCUCAGACUUCCAAUACUGUGUUGAAUAAAAGUGGUGAGUGGACAUCCUUGUUUUGUUUCUGAUCAUAAAGCAAAAGCUUUCAGGUUUUCACGACUGAGUACGAUGUUAGCUGCAGGUUUUUCAUGUAUGGCCUUUUUAUUUUAAGAUAUGUUCUCUCUAAAUCCACUUUGUUGAGAGUUUUUAUCAUGAAUGGAUGUAUUUUGUCAAAUGCUUUUUUGGCAUUUGUUGAAAUGAUCAUAUAGUUUUUAUUCUUUUUCUUGUUAAUGUGAUGUAUUACAUUGAUUUGCGAAUAUUGAACCAAUUGAUCGAGGUUUUUUUUUUUUUCAAUGUAUUGUUGAACUUGGUUUGCAAAUAUUUUGUUGAGAUUUUUUGCAUCUAUGUUCACCAGAGAUAUUGGCCUGUAGUUUUCUUUUUUUUGUAGUGUCUCUGUCUGAUUUUGGUGUUAAGAUAAUGCUCGUCUUGUAGAAUGAAUUUGAAAGUUUUCCUUCCUCUUCUGUUUUGGAAUAGUUUGAGAAGAAUAGAUAUCAACCCUUCUUUAAGUAUUUGGUCGAGUUCACCUGUGAAGCCAUUUGGUCCUGGACUUUUGUUUGUUAAAAGUAUUGGUUAGUUAUUCAGUUUUGUUACUAGCAGUUGUUUCAUUCAAAUUUUCCAUUCCUAAUUCAGUUUUGGAAGAUUGCAUGCUUCUAGGAACUUAUCCAUUUUUUUCUAGAUUGUUUAAUUUGGUGGUAUAUAAUUUUUCAUCAUACUCUUUUAUAAUCCUUUGUAUUUCUGUGGUUAUUUUUCUUUCAUUUUUUAAAAAAUUUUUUAAAAUGUUUAUUUAUUUUUGAGAGAGGGAGAGACAGAGUGCAAGCUGGGGAGGGGCAGAGAGAGACAGGGAGACACAGAAUCCGAAGCAGGCUCCAGGCUCUGAGCUGUCUGCACAGAGCCCAACGUGGGGCUUGAACCCAUGAACUGUGAGAUCAUAACCUGAGCUGAAGUCGGAUGCUCAACCAACUGAGCCACCCAGGCGCCCCUUUCAUUUCUGAUUUUAUUUAUUUGAAUCACCUCUCUCUUCCUUUUUUGAUGAGUCUGGCUAAAGAUUUAUCCAUUUUGUUGAUCUUUUCAAAGGACCAGCUCCUGGUUUCAUUGAUCUUUUUCUAUGCUUUUUAGUUUCUAUUUUUAUUUCUGCUCUACUCUUUAUUACAGUAAGACCUUGGAUCGCAAGUAACUUGUUUUGUGAGUGUUCCUCAAGACGAGCAAACAUUUCUAAAAAUCUUACUUGAUAAACGAGCGAUGUCUUGCAAUAUGAGUAGUAUGUGAUGCUCAAUGUCACAUGAUCACAAGUGAGCUGGUGGUUCUUGAAAUUCACUUUGAUAUACAAGUGCUUUGGGUUACAAGCAUGUUUCCAGAAUGAAUUAUGCUCGCAAACCAAGGUUUAAUGUGUUUCCUCCCUUCUACUCGUUUUGGGUUUUGUUUGUUCUUCUUUUUCUAGCUCCUUUAGGUGUAAGUUUAGGUUGUUUAAGAUUUUUCUUCUGAAGGCAGGCCGAUAUGGCUAUAACUUCCCUCUUAGAACUGCUUUUGUUGCAUCCCAAAGAUUUUAGGUUGUUUUCAUUUGUCUCCACGUAUUUUUCGAUUGCCUCUUUGACGUCUUGGUUGACCUCUUCAUUGUUAGAUAACAUGUUGUUUAGCCUCCAUGUGUUUGUGUUCUCUCCAGAUUGAUUUCUAGUUGUGGUUAGAGAGGAUGCAGGAUAUGACUUUAGUCUUUUUAAAUUUACUGAGACUUGUUUUGUGGCCUAACAUGUGAUGCCUUGGAGAAUGUUCCAAGUGCACUUGGAAAUAAUGUAUCCUGCUGGUUUUGAAUGGAAUGUUCUGUAUAUAUGUCUUAGUUCCAUCUGGCCUACUGUGUGGUUUAAAGCCAGUUUCUUUGUUGAUUUUAUGUCUGGAUGAUCUAUCUGUUAUGUAAGUAGGGUGUUAAGUUCCCCUAUUAUUAUGGUAUGACCGCCAGUUUCUUCCCUUAUGUCUUUUAAUAUUUGCUUUAUGUAUUUAGGUGCCUUUAUGUUGGUUGCAUAAAUAUUUGUAAUUGUUAUAUCUUCUUGUUAGAUUGAUCCCCGUAUUAUAUGGUGUCCUUCUUUGUCUCUUGUUUAUAGUCUUUGUUUUAAAGUCUGUUUUGUCUGAUAUAGUAUUGCUACUCUGGCUUUUUUGUCCCCCUCCACUUCUAUUUGCAUGGUAUAUGUUUUUCCAUCCCUUCACUUUCAAUCUGUACGAGUCUUUAGGUCUGAAGUGAGUCUAUUACAGGCAGCAGAUAGAUGAGUGUUGGUUUUUUUGUUUUUUUGUUUUUAUUCAUUCAGUUACUCUGUAUCUUGAUUUGGAGCACUUAGACCAUUUAAAGUAAUUGUUAUAAUUACAUAUUUAUUGCUGUUUUAACUGUUUUCUUGUUAUUUUUGUAGUUCUCUGUUGCUGUCUUCUCUUGCUCUCUUCCCUUGUGGUUUGAUGGGUUUCUUUAGUGUUAUGUUUGGAUUCCUUUCUCUUUAUUUUUUGUGUACCUAUUAUAGGUUUUUGAUUUGUGUUAACUAUUGGGCUUGUAUAUCACAUUUAUAACAGUCUCUGUUUAGUUGAUGGUUGCUUGAAUUUGAACACAUUCCAGAAGCAGAUAUCUUUCUAUUCUUAUUUUUGAAAGAUGUUUUUACUGGAGUGGAAAUCUGGGUUGAUAAUUCUUUUCCUAGAAUUUGGAUUUGGUUCUUUGUUAUAAUUUCAAUUUCUCUGUGGAACGUCCCUAUGUCUACUUUCAUUAUGGCUAUAUUUUUCUUGCAGUCCUUGGGCCAUCUUUGGGUUGGUUUCUCCUGUUUUUUUUUUCCAUGACUUUGAGUCACAUUAUCAUGUUUUUAAAUGUCUAAUAAUUUGGGGUUACAUCUCGAAUAUUGCGGGUGGCACAUUGUAGGAUUCUGUGAUCUUCCUCUGAGGAGUAUUGAGUUUUGUUCUGGCAGGCAGUUGAGUUACUCAUUGAUCACCUUUGACUUGUGUUAGCUUGGUUUUAUGCCUUGUUAGGACAGAUCUCUCUGGAAAGGCCAGAGUGUAUCCUGAGGCGUUCUAACUUGAUUAGGCCAGACCAGGAGGCUGCAUUUCCUCUGUGGAUCUUGUUGAUGCUUGGCUUUAGGCUCUUUUAGGGCCAGUUUAGAGUAGAUCUUACUCUAGGGCAUUGUAUUUACUCCUAACUAUCCUAACACGAGGCCUUUCUGGUAUCUCAGGAUGCUUUGGGUAUUAACGGGUAUGGGUGUUAACGAGGUCUCUCCAUUCUUAAUGGUCACAAACUCAAAUAUCUCUCAUUCCUGAUUGGCAUUUAUUUUGUAUCUCUUUUGCUCUUAACCCUGUAGCAUCUGCUGUCUGUUAAACUUUGCAUAACUUCACCCUGCCCCCGUGCAGUCCAACCCUUGGCCAAGGGCUCACAGGAAAACCCCACACAGACUUCUUCAUGACCACCCCCCUCCCUGCCAUAGCUCCAUUCUUUCCACUGCUCUGUUGUUCAGAUUCCAGAUACUAAAGCAGCUCCAAGUUCUGAUCGCUCCCUCCUCAGUUUGUCGAGACCACCGAACUCCGCUUGAGCUCCAGCUUCCUGCACCAUUGUUGGGAAAUUGUCGCCAUGCAGACAGCCAGGAUGAUCCUGGGCCUCUUCCCCAUGAGGUUUUCUUCUCUCGGGGACCUCAUUCUUGUCUGCCAGUUGUCUAGUGCAGGAAAACAAUUGCCCUAAACGUUUUCUGUAGUUCUGUAGUUGUUGACAGUGGGUGGGCUGGUCUUACUACCAGGUACUCUGCUAUGGCCAGAAACAGAAUUGCUCAAACACGUCUGUACUGAGCACAUCAUCAGCAUGGCACCCUGGCUUCUGUUUGAAUAAAUGAACGAAAUAUGUGGGUUUCUUGUUGAACCAAAAAAUAAGUGCAAUGAGGUCCACAUAUGAAACCUGUAAUAUUGGGUUAAUCCUUUAUUAAAUUUUUAAAAAAAUUUUUAUUUGUUUUUGAGAGAGAAAGAGAGAGAGCAUGAGCAGGGGAGGGGCAGAGAGAGAGGGAGACACAGAAUCUGAAGCGGGUUCCAAGCUCCAAGCUGUCAGCACAGAGCCCGACGUGGGCUUGAACUCACGAGCCGUGAGAUCAUGACCUGAGCUGAAGUUGGAUGCCUAACUGACUGAGCCACCCAGUUGCCCCUGGAUUAAUCCUUUAAUCCUUUUUACUUCUUCCCCCCCCCCCCUUUUUUUUUUAAUGUUUCUUUUUGAGAGAGAGAGCGAGAACAUGAGUGGGGAGGGGCAAAGAGGGAGGGAGACAGAGAAUCCCGAGCAGGUUCCCCACUGUCAGUGCAGCGCCCAACGCGGGGCUCAUACGCACAAGCCAUGAGAUCACAUGACCUGAGCCGAAAUCAAGAAUGGGGCACUUAACUGAGCCACCCCGUGCCCCUCACCCUUUCCUUCUUUUGCUUGAAACGUUUUAUUUUUUAUUUUACUUUAUUUUUUGUUUAUUUAUAGUUUUUAAAUGAUUUUCUGAUACAGGAUGAGUUGUUUGAAGUGCUAGGCAUGAAGACAUUCCUUCUUGUACCACAAGAAAAAGGCAGCUAUGAAAAGCUGGAGUAUUCUACCGAUCUCUAAUUAAGCCAGACAGAUUAACUGAUUGGGUGUGUCUGUUUGCUUUUAUGGUUCCAAUUAGUGUUUUGGAGGAGUGAUGGCCUGCAACGCUUUUAUAACAUUUAAGGAUUGGCCCAAUAAUCCAAUAUUAGGAUCCUAUGCAAGACAGUUAACUAGAAAUAGUUAAAUAAACUGAUCCUUUAAGCAUUUCUAAAUACUACCUUUGUCAUUUAACAUUCCUUUUUCCACCAGCUUAGCCACUGUCUUCCAGAUUUUUAGGCCGGUUGCCAUAAAAUAGUGCUCACUUAGUUCAAGGCCAGAGGAAUGUUUUUGGGGGUAGUCACUGUUGGUCCUAAGCCUUCUCUAACCCCGGAGUUGAACAUUUCAUUUGGGACAGGUUUUUCAUCGAUUCCCACACAGUCUCAUUUUCCACACUGCCCUCAGAAGAGGUCACCUGGAAAUUUCGUUGCACCUGUUGGGGAAGAAUUAAUUUGUCCUCUUUCACCCCUUAUUCCUUAUGGAAGCAUCAGGUCGUUUCAGCAUCACCCCUUCUGGGGUGUCGAUGACGUCUUUGUUCAGCUUCACCGUUUCGUCUGCACGCUCGCGGGUGCAGUUAAGCCAGUGUCGUGUGGAAAAGCCGUUCACGUGGAAAACCGGGGUGAAAAUGCUUCACGUGAUGCGUUUCAUCCUUCUACUGGGUCUGGCCCUUUGAAGCCCAAGAGAGAAUGUCGUAAGACGGUCUGGGUGAAGAUGCCAGUUUAGAUACGGUAUUAAGCGACUUGCCUGGCGGCUUCAGGUUUGUAAUCUCUCAGAGGAGAGUAGUGGAGCCGUUGCUUCUCAGGUGGGGCCUGUGAAUUCGUUCUCACUGAUACUGUGUCCUUCUCUGUCCAGCACCGGCUCUCUCUCCCUCUCUAGUGUCCCUGUGGGAGCCUCGGUGAAGACUUGGUCCCCCCCCCCCCCCCGAGACAGCCCCAUCCGGGAAACCCUUCACCCAAAGGGACCCGCCGAGCCAGAUGAUGCCUGUCGGCCUGGGGCAGGCCCUGGCCCUGCUGCCGCGGCUGGCGGAGGCCGAGGACUCCCCGUUCUGCGGACCGGACGCUGCCCCUCGAGGGGAGCUCUCUAACCCCGAGACCGCCCGCCAGCUCUUCAGGCAGUUUCGUUACCAGGUGACGUCUGGGCCCCACGAGACCCUGCGGCAGCUUCGGAAGCUCUGCUUCCAGUGGCUGCAGCCAGACGUUCACACGAAGGAGCAGAUCCUGGAGAUCCUCAUGCUGGAGCAGUUCCUGACCAUCCUGCCCGGGGAGAUCCAGACGUGGGUGCGGACCCAGUGUCCGGGCAGCGGCGAGGAGGCGGUGACCCUCGUGGAGAGCUUGAAGGGAGACCCCCAGAGACUGUGGCGGUGGAUCAGCAUCCAAGUUCUGGGACAAGAAAUCUUAUCGGAGAAGACGGACUCCGCAAGCUGCCGCGUGGGGGGAGCGGGGCGCCAUCUUGAAAUGGCGUCUCAGGAGCUGGGACCUCGGGCCUCCCCCUCCAGGCCUGGGGAGCCGCCGAGCCGUGCUGUGAAAGAGGAGUCUGACAUGGAGCAAGAAUUAGCGCUGGCCGCUGCCGCCCUGGACGAAAGGCUCGUCGGAGACCAGGACUUCACGGCCUCCGUGCUCCAAGCAGCACCUCAGGAGACGUGGAGGCACCUGGAGUCCAUCCAGAAGGAGCAGUACUGGGAUCUCAUGCUGGAGACCUACGGGAAGAUGGUCUCCGGAGGCAUUUCCAGUUCCAAGCCUGAUCCGACUGGUUCAACGGAGUAUGGGGAAGAGCCUGCCGGGCGGCACCCUCACCUUAGUGAGAAGAUCCCCAGGCCCACCUGCCUAGGAGACAGGCAAGAGAAUGACAAAGAGAACCUGAAUUUGGAAAAUUGCAGGGGCCAGGAGCCUUCCGACGUCUCCUGCCACGCCUCAGGGGAGGCGCCUUCCCAGGGCUCCUUGAGCGGCCUCUUCGGUGAGGAUGCACCGAGAUGCUUUGGAGAAGUGGACAGUCGCCCCGAGGCCCCGGGAGACCUGCAGGGUGAGGGGCUGGUGGGCCAGCUCUCUCCUCAAGAGAGGAAUUCUGGGAAACAGCACGUGGCCAGUCCUCAUCCAGAAGAACUGUCCCUGCUGUGGCUGGAGGAGAAGAGAGACGCCUCCCCGAAGGGGCAGCCGAGGGCCCCCAUGGCCCAAAAACUCCCCACCUGCAGGGAGUGUGGGAAAAGCUUUUACAGGAAUUCUCAGCUUGUUUUUCACCAGAGAACUCACACUGGAGAGACGUACUUCCAGUGCCCCACCUGCAAAAAAGCCUUUCUGCGGAGUUCAGACUUUGUGAAGCACCAGAGAAUCCACACGGGGGAGAAGCCCUGUAAAUGUGGCCACUGUGGCAAAGGCUUCAGCGACUUCUCGGGACUGCGUCACCACGAGAAGAUCCACACGGGAGAGAAGCCCUACAAAUGUCCCAUCUGCGAGAAGAGUUUUAUUCAGAGGUCAAACUUUAACAGGCAUCAGAGAGUGCACACAGGAGAGAAACCGUACAAGUGUCCCCGCUGCGGGAAAAGUUUCAGCUGGAGCUCGAGCCUUGAUAAACAUCAAAGAUCCCACUUAGGAAAGAAGCCCUUUCAGUAGCCAAGCUCCCUGAGCCCAUUUCUGUCUCUGGGCCAUUUAAAAAUACUUCCUUCCAUCUGGAGACAUCGCAUCUCUUAAAGGCCAGCCCUGUUCUCUCUGUUAUUUUAUGGAUUCGAGAGGAGAGUCACCAGGGCACGGCUUUGGACUUGGAGGACACGUUGGCCUCUGGGUUGGGUUUCGUGUGGGUUUCAUUUCUUGCCUCUGCGUCGGGAGAAAGAGUGGUCAGCUCGUCUCUUGCGGUGGAUCCCUCGGGGAGAAAGGUUCAGUUGGAGGUCCUGUUCUACAAGUGCCGUCUGGGGAGAGCUCAACUGGAUUGGCUGCAUGGCAGCUCAUGGCGGCUCAGGGGAAGGGCCUGGGAUCAGCGGUUUAGGAGGGGGGUUCGGGAGCAGGCCUUCUGUCACAGGAAGGGCAGCAGAGAGGGCCAGUGAGCUCACGUGUGUUCCUUGCCACACGGGUGCAAAAUUAACCUCAAGUGUCUCUCGUUCUAAAUAAACUUCUUAGAGUUACCCCGUAUCUUUCUUUGUGUCUGAAGUGUUG